GCCGGAAUUGUGCGUGGACGAAACCACGGAGGAGAACGCGCGUUGUCAUCGCUGGUUCUUUUUCUUCUGGGCUUUCUUCUCCCUUGCCUCUGCAAUUGGAGAACUGGGAAAGUACUGGAGACGUCACCAUGGUCGCUGGCUUCACGGCGGGAGAUAAAGACCACAGACUGAUGACUGCUUGUACGCUGGAUAACCUACGCGCCCUCCUUCCUCCUCGUUAUAAGCGUUAGUGGUUCUUGAACAUAGCAGGACACCCUUCACUAAGCGACGGUGGUAUUUCGUGGGAACAUUACAAUGACUUGAAGCUGUGGACAAAGUGUGGACCACCUGCGCCGCCAAUUCAGGAGCGAACACUUGUAUUAAACGCUCACUGUAUAACGCCGAGUGCCAUUCGAUCGAACGCGUAACUGUAACAAGGCUUUCGUCGAUAAGGGGAAGAAAGCACGGCAGCUGAAUCCGUAUCGGAGGCCUCGACACGGUUUAGCGACUAUUCAAGAUCUGAACGCUGACUGAACGCCCGGACUGAACGCCCAGUGUUGAAUGCCCGCAACAUCUGACUGAGAGCAUAAGUGAUAACGAAACGUUCGUUGAAAAGGUGAAGAAAGUGCGGCAGUUGGGUUAACAUCAGAAGCCGUGACAGCCUUCACUGACAAUUCAAGGUCUGAACGCUCGCACUGAACGCUCAAGGUUGAACGCAUUUCGCCGGCCCGUUCAUUCAAAAACAUGUUGAACGCUCAAAACGUUCACUGGUUAAAUUGAAAAAGUACGCCAGAGUGAACUUGUUAAAUCACGUCCUGCUUUGAAAGCACCACUUAGUGGAAUUUCUGAGCAGUUAUAAACACCGGCCUAUUUUAGGUUCCUGGUAGCUGUAACCCAUUUUGUUGGAGUUUAUCAGAAGCAAAAACUAGUCCACAUACAUAACGCCAUCUUUUAUUUAUUUUUUCUGCCAGGCAGCGAGGUAGCGGUGCCUUAGAAGCGCUCGCAAGGACUUCAAUAUUACUGGCAAAGAAUUUCGUGCCUGAGACAAUGACACGAAAAAGCGAUUGCGCCGCGUUAUACCUUUUCCUGACACCUCGGAGGGAACGCCAAGACCUGUCCACUGGGUGAAUCAAUAAACAGCCGCCAAAAUCGUCUGGCGUUCCUUUUAUUACCGAGAGCUGCCAUUGGUUGAAAGAGAGCGUGGGUUCGCGAGUUGGGAAAUAUUUAAUCUAAAGCCGUCGGUUGCGCACUGUGACGAAAAAGCUGCUCAAAGGGCGCGGGUGUUGAAGUGCUACGGCGAAGCAUUAAAACACUAGUAACUUUUUUCGCUUGUAAACGUCGUGAGGAAACUGCUCAACAUACUGCGGUAGACACGCUGUCACCGUGGUAACAUUGACAUUGCAGUGGUAGACGCACGGACUCUAAUAGAUAGCAUUGCAAACUAACAGACUACCUGUAGCUGAUCCCAAAUUUGACUGGCACAGUCACCAGGUCGGCGUACAGGGACAGAGUGAGUGUGAGUUUGACAGCCGGGCCUUGGUAGGUAGCUUCCACCUAAAUUGAGCUUUCGCAGUUUCUGACACGAAAAGGAAAAAAAAAACAUUGGAAAACUCAAUUCCCUGGCUCUCCUACAUGUAACGUCAAACCGUACAGCGUUCUAGGAACCGUUUUGUGCUCAUCGGUAACUGUGAUUGAGAAGAGAUUAAGCCCUUACACUUCCUAUACGAGCUGCCUGCUUCGAAGAUCUAACGGUGUGCCGAUAGGGUACCUACCAAAAGCAUCCGGACGGUCCACCCAGCGAAUAGCGACAAGUCGCCGUUGUAGGCUCGGUCACAUUCUGGAGCACCGCGAAUCGAGUAAACUUGAAAAAAAAAUAUACAAAAUAAAAAAGACUCGGCGAACGACCUGCCCGUGCGCGCUGCGAACCACGUGCUUCGUCGAGGCCACUGCGAUGGAGAACGUCGCCGUGUCGGCCGUGAGCUCGCUGGAGGACAACGCCACCAUACGGGAGUACCUGGAACUUCGGCUGGGCCCCCAGCACAUCCUGCUGCCCAUAGUAAUCCCGCUCACGGUUCUGUACGUCGUGGUGUUCGUGAGCGGCGUCGUGGGCAACGUCACGGUGUGCCUGGUGAUCGCGCGCAACUCCCACUUCCAGACCCCCACCAACUACUACCUCUUCUCCCUCGCCAUCUCGGACCUGCUCAUACUCGUCUUCGGGCUGCCCAACGACCUGAAGCUGUACUGGCAGCAGUACCCAUGGCGCUUGGGCGAGGCCCUGUGUCGCUUCCGGGCCCUGGUGGCGGAGGCUACUUCCUACGCCUCCGUUCUGACCAUCGUGGCAUUCACCGCAGAGCGUUACGUGGCCAUCUAUCACCCGCUAUUCCUGCAGACCACCUCAUGUUUGACGCGUGCCGUGCGCAUCAUCGCCAUCAUCUGGGUGGUGUCGCUGGUGAGCGCCGUACCGUUCGCCGUGUACACCCGGAUCAACUUCGUCGACUUCCCGCUGGGCUCGGGGCGCGUGGUGCCGGAGUCGGCCUUCUGUGCCCUGCCGAUGGACACGACGGCGGUCAGCCUUCCCCUGCUCCAGUGCUCGACGUUCGCCUUCUUCUGCCUUCCCAUGACACUGAUAGCAGUGCUGUACCUCAAGAUAGGCAUGCGACUACGGAGCCAGCCGGGACCCGGCCAGCAAGGGAGGCAGCAGCGGAGACCCGUGCACAGAAUGCUCGUGGCGGUGGUGAUCGCCUUCUUCGUAUGUUGGGCGCCGUUCCACACCCAGCGCCUUCUGGUGGUGUACGUCAGCCCUAGCCAGUGGACCACGGGUCUACGCACACUCAACGAGGUGCUCUACUACACUGCGGGGUGCCUCUAUUACUUCAGUGCCACCAUCAACCCUAUACUCUACUCACUGAUGUCCGUGAAGUACCGAGAGGCAUUUCGAGACGCCCUCUGCACCCUCUCCAAGAACAAGCAGCGGCUCUCGGCUGGCGAGUUUGAAGCGGGAGCAACAGUCGUCAUCGUUGGCGCCGGCCACUCCAUCCUGGACAACACGAGACUGAGUACUCUGAAGCCGUACUCCAUCGUCCAGCGUGUCGACACCGACGAGGCCAACGUGGACGACAGCGCGGACAUCGCCAUGCGGGCGCUCAUCAUACAGGCGGUGCUCCGCGUUAGGCCUAACCAGGAACCGCCGUUGACACCAACGAAGAGUAAAGCAGACGACAAGGACGAGUCUCCUACCAAGGAGAUUGGCUCCAGUGAAAAAAGCCCCGAGCCGUCGGAGACGGUGGUCUGAAUUUCGCGCGGGUCAUCCUCAGGGGUGAGAUAACCUAGACAUCGUCCAGGAUGAUGUUCAUGUUCUUUAGCUCAGCAAAUGGUGUUAGUUUUUCCACCGUCCAUGACGACCAAAUGUGUUCACAAUUGGGGAACCGAGAUCCACAAUUGUACACUCUGGAGUGUAGGGAUCGCACAUUACGAUGAUUUCCACGUCUGCUAAGGUACUCCAAGUGUAUUCACGGUGGUUUCUAACCAGACUUUCUGCUGUAGUGACGAUCCUGAAAUUUCCACCUUCUCAUGAAAGGCCCUCACAGAACUUUAGCUUUCAGCAGGUGCUAAUGCUGUGUAAAAUACAGAUCCUCAGACUCAGAAUCAGCUAUGGGAGAUUCGGAACAGAAUGCAGCAAAUAUCUUCAGGCUGAUUGGGACCACAAGGCAGACUCACCUCCUCCCUGCCAAGCGCAAAUAAUCUAGCGCGCCAUCUCUGUAGCAUCAUGGAGCCGCAUGGAGCAGCAAACUAAAUCUCUGAGAAGUCGCUGACUUCUCGAAAGAGGGUUGUGGCACCAGCAGACAUCUUCAGCCAUGUCCAAGCAGUCGCAGCAAAGUGAGCAGCUUCACAUUGACUGUUGUCUGUGGUUCGGCAAUCGAUGCAGCAGGCGUGAAGACAGUGCUUCUACGAAGGUGCUCCUCCAGGCCCACUCUGUGUGGCGAAGUUGUCACGUGACUUCCAUAGCUGGUUGCGUGCUCCGAGAGUGUUUAGCGUUGCUUGGCAACAGAUUCAUUUUCUACAAUCCGCGUCUACGAAUGAUUACUCAGCUAUUAUUGCUGCUAGAUACUUCCUUAUUGAAAACAAAAGCAGCCACCGACCAAAAAUCUCACGAGAUCGAACAAAUCUGACAACCCAUUUUGUGUAUUUUGAAAGCUUAGCUGCGGCACUUUGGUCAGAAACAAAGCAUGCCACCGACGAACGCCAGCGACCUUGUAACAAAUCUUGGCUGAGCAACUAUUACUCAAUAGAUCUAGAAACCGUACUAGGGCCCAAUGUGCGCCAUGUUGCUGGGCAUCCCAAACCCAGCACACCUUGCCCACUACCGAGCCACUACGAAAAAGGGCACGUGAGAGUUGUAGCUUGUGGACAAUUUUUGAAUGCUCAGUUCAAUGCUCAAAACUACGCUUUCAAUUAGGACGCUCACAGCGUCUUGAAAGCGAAGUCGAAGCGGACUUCACAGUGCCAAAACCUUCAGUAUAGCGCGGCAGUGAAAAUGUGACCAAGUGCGUCCUUGAUGAACAUCGACAGGAAUCAUGCUGUGUGAACUGUUCAAUGGCUUGUAUCUGUGAGCGACUCGAGUGACAUACUCACCUUACCCUUUGCCCUGGUGAAAGCAAGGAGCCAAGGAACUUUAGAUGGUACUCUCUGCGUAUGCAGGACCCACUGGCCUCGAAUCACUAGAGCAACUUCAAGAGGAAACCCUGUGACUGUCAAAGUUUGUCGAAGGUCAACAUUUGUGAACCAUAAUGAGCGAGAUUAUUGUGGCCUCGUGAUGUUGACGCAACCGAACAUUGGGUGGAUGAGUUCGAAAAAUGAGGGCCACAUGCCAUGAUUGGUAUAGUUGGUGUAUCUGCACUGCGAGUGCGUUAGUCAAGACUGCACUGAAAGCGUUACAAUGGCAUUGCUUAAGUAUGCCGGAAAGGAUGUCGUGACGCAGCGGCAACCGCUCCUCGACGUGACCUUAGUGACGCUUAUGGUUGCAUUGACCCGAAAGACUGUGGCUUUCUCUCUGCACUGAAGGCAUGUGCAUUUCAGAACAUCGUUUGUUCCGUGUUUAAUCUGAAAAAUGUUAACCCUGUUUGAAGUGUGUGCGGUUGGAGAGUGACGAUUGUUGAUGGUGGCGACAUCCAUGGUGACGUUUAUAUGCUUGGCGGAAGAGGCUCGGCCCUUGUUGGGCCUGGCUACUGUGUACUCUGUGUGCGUGCUAUGGGCGUGAACCCUUAAGCCAGGUACGUCUUGCUAAUCGUGUUACGUGACCUAACGGCUAACUGUCAAAGAAGAUGUCGAGCUUAUUUUUUGUGUUCAGACUUCACACAUCUGUACCACCACACCAGUGGCGCUAAGUACGCACGCUCAGGGUCGGCGUCAAGCUUUGCGUCGAUGUACAUAACUCCAGAGAAAAAGUCUAUAUUACUCAAAAGACGUCGGCAGCCGAUAGGGACUGCUGAAUGUGCGCACUGCCAAAUGUUGAUACGCGGCACGACGUAGACUUAAAACUCAACGCGAAAGAAAAUUGUGGCGAUCGUGUCCCACUGCUCACGAACACAUUCCCUAUAGACGAGCCAUAUCUGCAGACUCUCUUUACUAACAUAACAUAUUGUACAUUAGUCUAUAGCGAGCGGCUGCUCCAGUCCUUUAAGUGCGCAUAACGAUGCCUAAAGUCACGUCUGGGUAGCUUGCAUCUUUUACUGCUUUGCUAUCAGCAUCGAGGCGAUAAAAGCCGUAGCUUUGCUGUCACGUGACGUUGAUUUUACGCCCACAGCAAAAUGCUUGUGUCACCGGUUUAUUUUUCUUCUAUAAUGCUCACUUAACGUACAGCAAAAUGUGCGUACAUGUAGUUCCAGCUAAGACCAAUCAGAGCAUCGAUAUCUUACCACGUGAAAGUUAAUGCCAAGUUUUGAUAGUUUUCUUGGCCACCUUGUCUUAUUGAAAGCAAAUACAAACAAUGUAUCUACUAGUGCCUUGUCAUUGCGCAAUUUGUUAGCUAAACGUGCAUAAUUUGUAUCAAAGUGAACUUUAUUUGUACAUCCGGGAUGCUGAGGGCCGUGGUCAAUAAGCCGCUACAUAGGCUUGACUAGGAUCAUAACCCCGUACCUCUGCCGUAUGCUUAUGUCAGUGUGACGGCUUGCACAAUAUUUUUUAAACUUUGUUAUUCUUAGGCAGUUAAGCUUCCUGAUAUGUUUAGUCGUCGCACCGUGACCUCCAUCAACUACUGUUUCUAAACCUUUUCAUCUGGUUAUAAAGUUAACAAUGUAAUCCAUAAUGUGCACGAACACUUAUGUAGCCUUUUCAGAACGGAGGAUAGUUUUCUAUUUUUAAUAUAUCUCAACAAAACCAGUGCUGUAAUUCAUAGAUUCAUAGAUAUCUCUUCGUUUUACAACGUUUAUGUCCAGGAAGACAACUCGUUUUUAAUCGCUUCUACUUGGAUUUUUUCUAACUACUCGUAACUUCCAUGAAAUCAGAUCGGACGAUGAUAUUGUAGAGCGAAAACAAACACUGUCUGGUUGAGACAGCAGUCUUGUGUUAUAUUGCUGUUUGUUGCUUUUGUGUCAGCUUGGUUAAUUUCGCUCUAAUGGAAAAGGCCAGCAAAAGGUGCAAGUAACCCAGGCCCGGCUGCCAGAUUCUAACUGCGCGACACUAUGUUACGCACACACACACUCAUAACACACACAGAUCGUCGAAACAAACUCGGCGCCAGAGCCCUAGAUUACAAAUACUUGUUUUUCAUAAGCCGUGUAAACGAACAUUGAUGAAAUCGUUCUUACUUUUUUUCGUGUUUAAUCUAGGGUCCUGUAUAGAAUAGAGCAGCGAACAAAUGCGGAAGAACCUAUACCCUUUUCGCGCACGGCAGCCCUGUCUAUUUCACUGUGUCCUCGUAUGCCCCUAUUCACGACGUUUGCAUAAAACUUCAAGUCCUUUCUAGUUUUGAGCUUCGUAACAGAUUUUUCUCGGUUUGGGCUCAAGCACUCCUUUGGGCAAUUUGGAGCGUUUCGAGCCGUCAGAGACAGGCGACGUAGGCCCUUUUCUUAAGAGGACGACGCCUCAUGGCUAGACGACAAGGAUAGAAGGGAACACUAUAGUAAUGCUUUGUUAUCACAAUUCAAUACUUUAAUAUCAUAGACCAAAUGCCUAAAAAAGCUGUGUUGUUGCCAGUUCAAUUUAGCACCAUCAAAUUUUGACACAUUACUUACUCGCACAAUCAAAAAUUGUUCAAUGGUUUUUCAUGUUUAAGUUGAGAACUUUCCUGAUUGAAAAACCAACCAUCCGCGGUGAGCCCUCUCCACACGUCCAAAAAAAAACAUUUCUGAUGUUCGAUAUAGCUGCCUCUGUUUCCCAGACCACUAAGACGUCUAGCACCAAAACAAUCAGCACGCUCAAGUUCAUCCUGUUUUGUUUUAUACCAAAUUGCAAACUGCAUUGUCUCGUUUUUCAGUGUGCACAAAGUGGCAGACCAGUUUCACAAUCCAAGAAUGUGACCUCCAUAGAACCGGUGUGCUAAUGCCCCUGGUUUAUUUACUUAUUUAUUACAUCCUUUAUCCUCCUUCCGACUCCAGUCUUCAUUUCGUGUUCAUAAAACUACCCUUACGAGACGAUGCUUGCUCGCCUGCCGUUGUUUGGGUGUCAUUCACUGCUCGUAAUCAUCAGUGCGAUAACAGGACGAUCUCUUCUGGAGUGGCCAAUCACGUACCUCACAUACCUGAGAUAAAUUUUGUGAAUAACGGCUCAGAUGUUUGUACAUAAGCUGUAACAACAUCGUGUACAGCGCGCGAGCCUGUGACAUCAGUUGAGUGCAUUUACGCUUUCGUCGUAACGCCAGUUGCCUUAUGAGCUUUUCCUUGCUGUACCCAAUAAUGUACACUGCGUGUCACGCUUAGAGGUAGCCUCUGUGUGGCAUUCACAUUUUAAUGCUAUGUGAAAAAUGAUUAUGAAGUCCGUAGGUGCUUUUAUUUUCUCGUAACAAGCUAGGCGACCACGUCUAUCCGAUUAAAACAGCUGUAAUGUUAUGUAUAAUUUUGCUUUUAUAGACAUCAAUUAUUUUAUCUAAGCGUGACACUCACGGUACGUGGCUCCCUAAUUGUUAUAGCGGCGGUGUUUGUUGUUCGCUUCUCUUGCAUCUCUAAUCUUUACUGCACGGUUUAUGUCUCCAUGACAGGAAUGUUUCGGAAAGUGUGUGCGUGAGAGCUCCGUGAUUGUCCACCGAUAAACAUGCCAUAAGGAACAUGUGUCACGGCACCGCCUGUCUUUUUUUUUUUACAUUUUGAAGUGUCAUGAGCAUGAUUAAAAUGGAAUACCGCCUUUUGAACCAUACGCAGCUUAAAGCACCUGAGCUUGUUGAAGAAUGCAAGCCUUGGCAAACAACAACAAUGGUUUUUAAUGUGCCAUUCGUUUCUGAACCAUCUAGUGCAUGAUUGUUCGCCCCACAAGUUAGAACGUCAAUGAAACGAUGAGAGCAUUUUGAUGCUUGACACCGAUGACAGUAAUAAUCACAAUGCAUUAGCAACACGCCACAUGGGUUUAGGCUGAAGAAUCAGAGUCUGCAAGUACGGAAUUUCAUGACGUCAUAAUGUGCAUGAUACCUGCUUUAACUUUGAGGAUGCUAACUUCAGUGUGCAGAAUCUUGCGUCUAUCUUACUCAGGUAAUCAUAAUGACACAUGCUCUCAAGAGGCCAUUCACUAAAACGCACCUUUCUCUUCGGGUAUAUUUAACUUUUACGACGAACUAUUGUAUAUGGAUAUUGCAGUGGAAAAUUAACAAUCGUAUUUAGAUGGUAGCCACAUAACUUAAAGGCGGGCAUUUUCCUUUUGAGAAACAGUGCCUGACUUAGCACUUCACACUGGGUGUCAAUCAAUAAGCGCGCUCAAAAUCCACGUGCGAUUUGUUCCAAGAAAAAGAUAUUAGAAGCCCAAUACUUCUAUAAAGAAAUGGAGGAAGGCGUUGGUGCUUUUGUACAAAUCAGCCCACUCUUCAAAGGUAUUGAUUACUGUAUAGUGGUAGUAGUUUAUGGAAGUAAACAAAAUCUAGCCGAGUACAUCUGUGCUUACGGGGCAGUUUUUGUGGAAAAGAAACAUCUCGUCAAAGCAAUUAUGAGGGGGAAAAAACGCUCGUUCCAGGCUGCGUUCAUUCUUUCCUGGUGUGACAAUUUAGUUUAAGAGUUUUACCGGCAAAGGGCACUAACGAAAAGUCAUUCCUGACAAAAGGACGCUAAAGUUGAAGAAGCACGGUCUCAAUGUUGUGGAACGUUAAAGAUGCUCAGUGCGUUAUCUCGCACGUUAUACCUGACUCGCUUUGCAUUGUCAUUCUGUUCUCAGUUCCUCAACAUGAAAAGGUGCUUGUAUUUAUGUAAAAAAAGUGUAAUAAAGGUUGUUCACGUCUC